AUGGGGGACUUCCAGGUCGUUGACCCUAAAGGAUGGGAAUAUGAUUUGCAUUCGGUAUACUCGGCUUAUAUGGGACAUUUCCAAACUCACCACAUCGCUUGGUAUGACAAGUCCUGGGGACAUUUAUUCUCUACCUUUGAGGAAUUUCUCGCAUUUUCAUGGCCGGUAAUCGUCGUGACCGAUGCUCGAACAGGCAAAGCGCAUAUCGUCACCAGGUUAACUUCGAUUGGUGCUUUUCUGAAAAUGAUAAAGACUAGCUCCUUUCUUUCUCUCUCCUGCUCUAGAUUUGGUGAAACGCUUCCUCAGGCAGCAAACAUGGUAAUCAUUCAGCCCUUCGAAACCACUACCCGUCAUCUCCGCCAUGUAUCCGAUCACGCAACGUACAAAAAGCUUCACAGCACCCUUCCAGCUGCCGUUCUUAACGCACAAAAGCAACGGAUACGUAACGGAGAACUGGAUUUCAUUCAAGAAAUUUGGGAUAUGCAGGAUAAAACUUUCAUGGCUGUUGAUUUUGAGUGGAACGAGCGCAACGAGAAAAGUACAUUGGAAUGGGGAUAUGCUGCCGUGAGAUGUGGACCUUUGAAGGCGCUUGGUGUGUGGCCACCAGUGCCCGAUGAUAACUACAGAAAGGGCCACUACGUUGUUCAAGAAUACAUCGACAAAGUUGUAAACAAAUAUUGCCCUACGUAUCCCUGGCACUUUGGCGAUAGUCAAGUGAUAUCAAAGGCAAAGCUCCCACAAGUUGUACAAGGUAUUAUUAGUAGUCUCGCAAGUCCUGAUUCUGAGACGUUACCAAAUAAUCUUGUUCUUGUCAUUCAUGGAGCCAGUGGGGAUCUGGCUCGUCUCGAGGAUAUGAAAAUCAGACUCCCACACAACAUGCUCGUCAUUGACAUCGCCGUGUUCGAACGAAGUUUAUACAAUGAAGGCCUUCGUCCACUCAUGGUUGACCCAAAGACAAACCAACAACGUCAAUCUGGCACCACGCUUUCUUUGGAGAACCUUCUUCGUUCGUUUGCUAUGACAACUCAAAGUGACAGCAUCGUUCUACCCAACAUAACAUUUCACAACUCUGGGAACGAUGCCUUCAUGUGUCUUUUUGCCCUUCAGAUGUUGCUUGACCCCAGAGGCGUGAAAGUCCCAACUCCAAAGCGCAACAGUAGUAACUUUGGCAUGAACCUUCAUAUGGGUGUGAACACCAUGCCUAUGACGAUGAUGGCUCCCCAGGCAGCCUGGGGUGGGUAUUCUACCGUCGGUGGUUUACUAACACCCAGCAUUUCGUCUCCUGUGCUGCGUAACUCGGUUUAUGAUCUCUCGUCAGAAUUUGGGCAAAUGCGAAUGGCCAGUGGAGAAGGCUCGAAGCGCUCAGCAUCUAGAUCUCCCGGACCAAAAGUGGUUCCCGGGAGUGGGAGCUCGAGGAGGUUGAGUGGAUUCAGAUUUGGCGAUGCUUGA